AUGUGGUUUCUGCUUCUAUUGCCCAUCUUCGUCUUGGGGCAGAAACCACCUCCUGUGGACCCGAAUGCAAUGGCUCAAAACGUCGACAAUAUACGUAGAUUAUACGGCAUUGCCACAAGAAUAAUGGAAAUGGGAGGCGCGUUCAUGGGCCAAAACUCAGGCACUGGAAGCGCUACCGCUGCAUGGGAUGAUUUACGUCCACGACCUCAAUCCUCCGGUGUGCGGAAUUUCGAGUCGGACAAUUCAGUUACCGCUGGUGGAGAUGGUCAGUCGGAGUUUUCACGAUUUCGAGAAGAUUUCGGUCUAUUGGGAUUCUUAUCCACUGCACCACCAACCACAACUCCCAAGCCGUUUCAAUCCGGCAUUCAAGGGCUUCUGAAUACAUUUUUCGGUAAGAACACUUCACAAUUGACGUGA